CGGGGUGCGGGGUCCCGCGGGAGUGCCGAGCGGGCGGCGGGCCGGAGCCGGGCGGCGGCGGCGGCAGCCGAGAGAAAGCGCUCGCGGCGGCGGAGGAGGGACCGCGGAUCCGCGCCGCCUGCGCGGCGGAUGCCCUGAGCGCCCCGCGGGGCCGGCGGCCGAGGCGAUGGCGCGGGUGGCGGAGCUGCGCUGAGCGCUCGGGGCGCCGCCAGCCGGGACCGCUUUCCGCUCCGCUUCGGACCUUCGCUGGUGCCGGAUACAAAAUGGCGGUGGUGCCGUCGCGGGGCGGCGGAGGCUCCGCGCUGCCGCUGCUGCUGGCGGUGCUGCUGGGCUCGGCCGCCGCCUGCCCCGACGGCUGCGUCUGCGACGGGGAGCGGCUGCGCUGCGGCGGGCUGGGGCUGCCCGAGGUGCCCCGGGAGCUGCCCCACGGGCUGCGGCACGUAAACCUGAGCUACAAUAAGUUGACCGAGAUUGAUCCUUCUGCCUUUGCAGAGCUGUUGAACCUGCAGGAAGUGCAACUGAACAACAAUGAACUGACUGCCAUUCCCUCCCUGGGCCCUGCUGCUUCCAACGUCCGUGCCCUCCACCUGCAUCACAACAGGAUACGCAGCAUUGAAGCAAGUCAACUGAAGCCCUACGUUGCCCUGGAAACAUUGGACCUGAGUUUCAAUGACAUCACGGAAAUCCGAAACGGCUGCUUUCCACAGGGACUUCACAUAAAGGAGCUCUACCUGGGGAGCAACAGAAUCAGCACCCUGGAGCCUGGUGCUUUUGAUAGUCUGUCACGGUCCCUGCUAACACUUCGUCUGAGUAAAAACAGGAUCACUCAGCUUCCUGUCAAGGCAUUCAGGCUGCCUAGGCUGACACAACUGGAGCUGAACCGGAAUCGCAUCCGCCUGAUUGAAGGCCUGACGUUCCAGGGACUGGACAGCCUGGAAGUCCUGAAACUCCAGCGCAACAACAUCAGCAAACUGACUGAUGGAGCUUUCUGGGGGCUGGCCAAGAUGCAAGUGCUGCACCUGGAUUACAACAGCCUGACAGAAGUAAACAGCGGCUCGCUCUAUGGCCUUUCAUCUCUCCACCAGCUUCACCUCAGUAACAACUCCAUAUCCCGCAUCAACCCUGACGGCUGGAGCUUCUGUCAGAAGCUGCAUGAGCUAAUACUCUCUUACAACAACCUCACCAGGCUGGACGAGGGAAGCUUGGCAGACCUUGGAGGACUGCAUGUACUGCGGCUGAGCCACAACUCCAUCAAUCAUAUUGCAGAAGGUGCCUUCAAGGGACUCAAAAACCUGCGUGUUCUGGAACUGGACCACAAUGACAUCUCAGGCACAAUAGAGGACACCAACGGAGCCUUUACAGGCCUGGAAAAUCUGAGCAAGCUAACUCUGUUUGGAAACAAGAUCAAGUCGGUGGCCAAGAAAGCGUUCUCAGGGUUGGAGGCCCUGGAGCACCUGAACCUUGGAGAUAACGCCAUCCGCUCCAUCCAAGCAGAUGCUUUUGCUAAGAUGAAGAGCCUGCGGCAGCUCCACAUCAACAGCGACAGCUUCCUCUGUGACUGCCAGCUGAAAUGGCUGCCCCCGUGGUUGGUGGAGAAAGAGCUGCAGUCCUUCGUGGUGGCCACCUGCGCCCAUCCCGAGUCGCUGAAGAGCAAAAGCAUUUUUGCUGUCCUGCCAGAAAGUUUUGUGUGUGAUGAUUUCCCCAAGCCUCAGAUCAUCAUCCAGCCGGAGACCACGGUGGCCGUCCUUGGGAAGGACAUCCGUUUCACGUGUUCGGCUGCCAGCAGCAGCAGCUCCCCCAUGAUGUUUGCGUGGAAGAAAGACAACGAAGUGCUGCAUAAUGCUGAGAUUGAGAACUUUGCCCACGUGCGGGCGAAGGAUGGCGAGGUGAUGGAAUACACCACCAUUCUGCACCUCCGCCACGUCACCUUUGCCCACGAGGGCCGAUACCAGUGCAUCAUCACCAACCACUUUGGCUCCACCUACUCCAACAAGGCUCGACUCACUGUUAAUGUGCUGCCCUCCUUCAUCAAAACUCCCCACGACAUCACCAGCCGGACAGGGACAACGGCACGGCUGGAGUGUGCAGCUGAAGGACACCCCACCCCACAAAUUGCCUGGCAGAAAGAUGGGGGCACAGACUUCCCUGCAGCCCGGGAACGCCGCAUGCACGUCAUGCCUGAUGACGAUGUCUUCUUCAUUACGGAUGUGAAGAUAGAAGAUAUGGGUGUCUACAGCUGCACAGCACAGAACUCUGCAGGGUCUGUGCUUGCAAAUGCCACCCUGACUGUACUGGAGACGCCGUCUUUGAUUCACCCACUGGAAGACCACGUGGUGUCUGUAGGUGAGACUGUGGCUCUUCAGUGCAAAGCCACGGGGAGCCCACCGCCCCGCAUUACCUGGCUGAAAGGCGACCAGCCCCUGAUCGUGACAGAAAGGCAUCACUUCACCUCUGGCAACCAGCUCCUCAUCGUUAGGAAUGUUGUCUUGGAAGACGCUGGGAAAUACACCUGUGAGAUGUCCAACACCCUGGGGACAGAGCGUGCGCACAGCCACGUGAGCAUCUUACAGUCUCUUGGCUGCAGAAAGGACCGUACCACUGUGGGGAUCAUCACCAUUGCUGUGGUGUGUAGCAUCGUGCUGACUUCGCUGGUCUGGGUCUGCAUCAUCUACCAAACCAGAAAGAAGAGUGAGGAAUACAGUGUGACCAACACAGAUGAGACCAUUGUGCCUCCAGACGUGCCGAGCUACUUGUCCUCACAAGGGACUCUUUCUGACCGGCAGGAAGCGGUCGUCAGAGGAGAUAACCAGCAGCCUAAUGGACACAUAGACAGCAAUGAUGGUUCGUUUGUUACAGGUAUGUGUCAGACUGAUGCUGGAAGGUGUCCAGAUGUUGAAGCUCCCACUGUAGGUUGCAGACAGCCAAAGCUGUGCAUCGGCUAUAAUAAAGACACUUGGAAAACUGAAGACACGGCUGACGGAAUGCUUGUUCCAGAUAAGACAGGCUACGGCCUGCCCGUUGUGUGCACAGACUGCAGCGGCAGCACAGACAGCAUGAACGUCCACAUCUGUCCCGGCGAGUCGCAGUACUACGCUGAGGGCCUUCAGGCUCUGGAUGCUUCCUACCACAAUGCACUGAGCAGCAAGGAACGGAGCAGGAAGAGGGGUGCAGGCACCACCAGCCUUCUUCAUCCGCAGCAGUGCAACGGGAUUGCCAGCAAGAGGAUGGAAGCUGAUGGGACCCUUUACCCCAGCAACCACGACAGAAUAACAGCCGUGAGCGCCGCCAGCCCUCUGCUUGCAGACCAACACGGCUCUUCGCAAUCAGGAGCAAAGCCUUCAGAGCUCAACAACCUGAACUUGGUGAGAGCUUCGCCGGCAGGAGGGUCACUAAAGCAACUGAACGUGCUUCCUGAAAUUCCCCCAACACUACUGGAUCUGCAGAGCGAAGCAGAAGCAAAACAGGCCCUCCUGGCCAAUGGCUUCACACCCAAGUCGUGCGACUCCAGUCAUGCGUUGAAGCCCUCGAGCAGAUCGACAGACUGAGAGGACAGACUGCCAUGUGCAAAGCAACAAACGUGCUAUUAUUAUUAUUUUUUUUUGCACAGAGUAUAGAGGCUACUUACUUCUACCUCAAAUCUUGAACUGAUGACCUGUCAAAGGCAAAACAGCUGAGGUAUGAGAAACAAGCUUGUAUGGGGAACAAACUCCUGUUCGAGCGUCAUCUGUUUGUACAUAGUUUAAAACUUCCCUGUGAAGUAUGAAGCAUUCAAAAGUUGACUUGCAUAUGAAGCACAUAAAUGCAAGAGUUAUUGUGUAAAGAGAAAAGUAUUUGAUACAAUUGUACAUAAGAGUUUUCAUAUAUAAAUAUAUAUAUAAAUAUAUAUAUAUAUCUUUUACAGAGGCUAUUUUAAUCUUUAGUGCAUGGAAAACUGAGUGAAAUUUUACAAUUUUGGCAAUACUGUUUUCAGUAUCAGGUUGCUGUUAAACUUUGUGAGAGAAAUAAUUCUGGUGCCUUAAAUGCAUAAACAGAAGUUUAAAAAGCCAGACUGUUCCAAAGGGAUUGUCCUCUUUCCAGUGGAAGUCCCUUUAAAUCAAGUAUCAAUUGGGUUACUUAGCACAAAUUCUUUCCCCUCUGAAAUUUAUUGCACUUAACACAUUUAAACAGGGAUCUGCAACUGUUUGAAAUGAAGCUUACAGGAAUAAAGAAAACAAGCAGUGAGGAAUUACAUAGCAACCUGAUUGUUUUCCUGUUUGUGGAAGAACUUAAAUUCCAUUAUUUUUAACACUGCAUCAGAGUUUGUAUUUUCCCCAUGACACAUUCGAGUGGACCACACAAGUGGCACGAAAUAAUUCAGCAACAGUGCAGAGCCCCAGAACAACCCGACCAAAUGGAGACCGUGACUAGCGAGCAGUCGUUCCCAAAAUAAACGAUUCAUGCAGUAAGCCGUGGGGUGGCCUCAUGCACGGCACCUCUCAAAAGCUUGGCAGCAGCAGGCAUUCCGUGCCCAACCGUGCUGCAUCACUGGCCACUGACACAGCCGAGCUGCAGGCGCUGCCCCCAGUGGAGAGGAGCCUGCAGUGCUGCAGCCCGGCCCCGUGCAGGAGCAGCGCUCAGCCCUGCGCUUCACCACGUUGGCUAAGCAAGCAGUACACGUCUGGCCUGGAGGGGGGUUCAAAAGCAUGGAGCUGCUGUGACAACAGAAAUUAAGUCCCGCUCUGACAGCUGUACCCUUAAUUCAUCUGACACUCUCACUGUCUCCCUGCAGUACAAUAUUCCACUUGCUUGUUCAACACCAUCGCCCUGAUCUGCAGCCAGACUGUAGGUGAAAAUAUCCGCUUCCAAUUAAUUAUGCUGCCUCGUGUAGCAAUUCUGGGCUGUUCAGAAAUAGUCUCCUUUAGAAGAGAAACUGUGGUUGAAAGUACACUUUAAAAUGGAAAUGUCCGAAAUAUUUUUACGUGGUCUUUUAAGUUCAUCCAUGAAUGGGGGGGAAAAAAAUGCCCAUUUUGGAGAAACAGAUCUUUGUCACUUCUAACUUCAGUUUGAAGCUUUUUAUUCAUAGAAAGGCUGCUUUCUGUUGGUGUUGGUACCUGUGGAUGGAGGACUCCCUUCCAGUUAUUUAUAAUUUGAGUUCUGCUAAUAUAAGGUUGCUAACUCUGGUGAUGACUACUUUGGGGAAAGGUUUAUUAGGGGUUUUGUUACUUUUUUCCUUAGGAGCAACACAAAUGCCAGUUCCACUGCAGCAGAAUCGAGUGGAAAUCUACUUUUGCUAAGACUGUGGCUCACAAAAUGCAGAAACACUGCAGUUUGGGUUCAGAUCCAUUACUUUUGUAUCUGUCUGAGACCUACCACACCUGUGGGAUCUUAAUAAAGUCGCGUGCUGCCCUGCAAUGGCAACGUGCCCAUUUAUUUUAACGUUGGUUGUGUCCCACCUUACCUUGAGGCCGACAUCUCCUGUAAGGAAGGAUCUGCGUCUUCUGCACAGCAGCUGAAGGCGAGCUUUGCUGUAAACAAGCCAACUGAGCCCGACCUUAAUGAAGCAAAGCAUAAUUUAGCCAGGUACCUGUCUGUAUCAGUUUCUGACUAUUGACACGUUUGCACUUUGAGACAGGUGGCUAAUUAUGUUGAGUGCCAAGUCUGUUCCAAGCAAAGGAAAUGGAUGUUAGAAAAUCAUAAACCGAGCGUAUGUGAGCGUAUGUUUCCCUUUCCUCAAGGGAAAGGCAUGCUUCAGAACCAGCUCAGUGAGGAUGGGGGGACUGGGAACACAGGAAUGACUUAACUGACGACUCAUUUUGCUGGCAGAAAUGUCAUCACCAUUGCAGAGACAAAGCAUAGUUGCCACAUUAACAUUUGAAAAUGAUGUUUCUGAAUAAAGAUAACUGCCUAACGUUCUGACUUCCACUAAAUAUGUGAAUUUGCUGCUUCUAAGAGGCAAUGUGAAAGAGGAAGUAUUACUUUUGUGUACAAAGUUAUUUAUUUAUUAGAAAAUUUGGUACAAUGUUGUACAUUGAAAAACAUGUAAGAUAUUAAAGUGUCUAACAAAUGCAUUGAAGUGUCUUUAAUAAAGGUUCAUUUAUAAUAUUACAGCUUUUUUGUUGAGUGAGCUUUUGGGAGUUUCAGUUAAAAACCUAAAUAAAAUUCUAAUCCAUUGCUAUACUCUUUUCUGACUUUCUCUGAUGAAGGUACAAAAUAACUGCCAGAACAUCCCUUUGUGAAGUCAGACCCACAAAUGUAACCUCAGGUACUGCAGAGCAGUGUGAGCCUUGGCAGCCCGACCUGGGGAUGGGGUGGAAGCUGGGGGCUGCACUAAAAGAUACCACAGAGAACUCAUUCGAGAAACAAUUCUGAUACAUGGACUGCUGAAGUAUCUGGCAAGUACUGCUAUCUUGGCACGGAAAGCAGAACAGAUGGGUGUAUGUGUAAGCAUGUAAGAAAAAUGGGGCCAGAUAGCACCAGAUUCAGCUGCAGUUGUGAACACCUUUGGCUUUCUCAAAUCCAAACCCCACCCUGUCUAGAAAUCACAGAGGCAAUUUGUGAUUGAGAGAAGAGUGAAUUCCCACUUAAACUAAAUUCAAUUUCUGCAUAUUAAAAAGUAUUCUUCAGUUGCUAAUUCAAAGUAUGGCACAGCUUUUCUGAGAGCAUCUGAUAAUUCCCUUAACACAUGUAGGAGUUAAAGUAUUUUAAAAUGGAAAAGAGAGAUCCUUUAAGCCAAUGCCUUGAGAUUCAACGUUAUCCCAGGAAUGGAAUAAGAUGAAUUUUUCAAGUUUCAGUAAACUUGAAAUAACUGCCAAAAUGUAUCUAAGAGCUCAAGGCAAACAGGCAGGAGAGGAAAAACACUGCAGUGUAUUUUUCACGUCCUCCUCCCUUGUAGUCCCAGAACUAAGUGUCAUUUCCAGCAGCAUCAGUGCACUGCUGUGUGCAGAGCAGCCCCUCUCCCCACUUGCCUGCUGCUGCUGGACGUGGACAGGUCCUUCCUGCGGUGUGCUGGGUGCAGAGCAGGUCCUGCAGGGCACAAGAAGCCUGGAGGCUGGUGGAAAUACAGCAAACAUCUCAGUAGGGCAAACCCAUGGCAAUUAAUUAACUGCUGUGGUAGGGUUUUUUUCAGCUAAAUUUACUGUCACUGCAGUCCCAGAUGGACAUGAGUGCAGGCUGACACAGCCCUGGGUACCGAGCAGCCAGAAGGUGCCUUAACCUCCCCUUCUACCCACUGACCAUUCAACCUCAGCAAAAAGAAAUAAGCAAAUAAAUAAAAAUAAAAAGCAAGCAUGAGCAAAGGCAGUUCUGCUGUUUACCAAACAAGCAGCCUUAAUGUCACAGGACUGCAGAACUGGUUUCCCCCUGUUCCAUGCAUGGUUUAGUUUGCUAAAAAUUUGGCUACUUUUUCAAGGUGGUGAUGACAAGAACUGAUUACGUAAACAUUUAAACAACAAAAAACUGUAUUUGGAUGAGGGGACUGAGGCACAAUUACUUUCAGCUCAAGUAAUUAAAUACCCCAACAGCAGUUCUGUCCCUCUCAUCUGUUUAAAGAGCUUUAAUAGAAAAUACGAUGCAGCUUUUAAGACCAUGUAAUAAAUCUCCACCCUCCAAUGCCCCUGAAACUGAGUCUGCUAUAUAUAAAAGUUCAUAAAGGAGACAACCUUCGAAGUGCUGCACUGUGCCAUGGAAAGUGGGAGAAGUCAGCGGCCAAGACGGGACUUGGUUGCAACUCCCCAUUUUAAUUGACGAUUAUUUUUAGGAGUUACGGUCUCUGUUCUGCACAUUUUAUUUGCCUGCCAACGAUUUUCUAAGUUUGGGACUCAGAAAAGUCUGAUUGCUCUGUGAUGGGAUGACAGCAUAAUAAACCACCCCUCUUUAAGGAGAGCAACCAAACUGUUACACGUAGAACACAGGGAAACACAUCAUCAAACUUUGGUUACCUCAAAAACGUUGAGCAGACGGACAGAAGAGCAUCCCAUCCUUUGUGCCCGCAGUGGCUGUGCAUGCCAGGCAGCUGCCACAUCCCACCAUUGACCAGCAGCCGCCCUGCCCAGCCUCCUGCAUGCCACCGCAGUGUGACCCGAGGAGACAAAAGUCUCCCAGCAGCCUCCAUCGUGCUGACGCAGCUGGGAACCUGCAGGCAGCCCAGGCCUCCCUGCACAAACACCCUCUGUGUCUAAAAACUUCCAAGCAUCACGUAGCCCAGUAAACUUGGCCA